AAACAAUUGUAAUUAAUGGAGUUUCAAAGUUGUUCGCAUUUCCCAUCACGGGCUGCUAAAAAACAACGUGGUUUUUUUUUCCCUUUUUUUCUUUUACUUUGAAAAAAUUUUACCAUUUUUUUUUUCUUUUUCCAUUAAACAAUUUAUUUUAUUACCAACAACUCUAACCCCAUGAAAGACCACCACCCUUUUUCCUCCUUUUUAUAGUUCUUCCAAUCUCACAGACUUUCUAUCAAACACAUUUGUACGAAGGCCAAGGAAAAAAAGAAAUAAGAAAAUGGCCUCUGUUUCUCAAAACAGAGCACCGAAGGUGUACUCUGUUUACUCUGUUUUUCUUUUCUUCUUGUUCCUGUUUUUGUCCGUAACAAACCGGGUUUCGGCUCAAUCAUCUUCACCGGUUUUUGGUUGCGAUGUUGCAAACAAUCCGAACCUGGCGAGUUUCGGGUUUUGCGAUAAGUCAUUGGGGAUUGAUGCCAGAGUUGCGGACUUGGUAAAGAGGCUGACAUUGCAAGAGAAAAUUACAUUUCUUGUAAAUAAAGCUGGGAGUGUGAGCAGGCUUGGAAUACCAAAUUAUGAAUGGUGGUCUGAAGCUCUUCAUGGAGUCUCUUAUGUGGGUCCAGGAACACAUUUUUCCAAUGUGGUUCCUGGAGCUACUAGCUUUCCACAGGUCAUUUUGACCGCUGCUACUUUCAACACUUCUCUGUUUCAAGCCAUUGGAAAGGUAGUUUCAACUGAGGCUAGAGCAAUGUACAAUGUUGGAUUAGCCGGUUUGACAUUUUGGUCACCAAAUAUUAACAUAUUCAGAGACCCCAGAUGGGGAAGAGGCCAAGAGACUCCAGGAGAAGACCCAUUGUUGUCUAGUAAAUACGGAUCCGGAUAUGUCAAAGGGCUCCAACAAACUGAUGAUGGUGACCCAAACCGGCUUAAAGUCGCUGCUUGCUGUAAACAUUAUACAGCCUAUGAUUUGGAUAACUGGAAAGGGACUGAUCGCUACCAUUUUGAUGCUGUGGUGACAAAGCAAGACUUGGAUGAUACAUUUCAACCCCCAUUCAAGAGUUGUGUCAUUGAUGGGAAUGUUGCCAGUGUCAUGUGUUCUUACAACAAGAUUAAUGGGAAGCCAAGCUGUGCAGACCCAGAUCUCCUUAAAGGCAUCGUUAGGGGUGAAUGGAAAUUAAAUGGAUAUAUUGUUUCUGAUUGUGAUUCAGUAGAGGUUCUCUUCAACUCCCAACACUAUACCAAAACACCAGAGGAAGCUGCAGCAUUAGCUAUAUUAGCAGGUUUAGAUCUCAACUGUGGAGAUUUCCUAGGCAAGCACACUGAAGCAGCAGUGAAAGGAGGGCUUGUAAAUGAGUCGGCCGUUGACAACGCCGUCUCAAACAACUUUGCCACUUUGAUGAGACUAGGAUUCUUUGAUGGGGACCCCAAAAAGCAGCCUUAUGGCAAUCUUGGUCCGAAAGAUGUUUGUACACCAGAGCACCAGGAGCUGGCUCGUGAAGCUGCAAGACAAGGGAUUGUAUUGCUCAAGAACACUGCAAGUUCACUCCCUUUGUCUUCCACCGCCAUCAAAUCCUUAGCCGUAAUUGGACCCAAUGCCAAUGUUACCAAAACCAUGAUUGGCAAUUAUGAAGGAACACCAUGCAAGUACACAACUCCUUUACAAGGCCUAGCAGCAUUGGUUUCUACCACUUAUCAGCCAGGCUGUGCCAAUGUGGCUUGUGGAACUGCCCAAGUAGAUGAUGCUAAGAAAAUAGCAGCCUCUGCAGAUGCAACCGUUCUUGUAGUUGGGGCAGACCAAUCUAUUGAGGCAGAGAGUCGUGACAGAAUUGACAUUACUCUUCCAGGACAGCAAUCACUCCUCGUAACAGAAGUUGCAAAGGCAUCCAAAGGAUCUGUUAUUCUUGUCAUUAUGUCCGGAGGAGGCUUUGAUAUCACUUUUGCAAAAAAUGAUGACAAGAUUACAAGCAUCCUAUGGGUUGGUUAUCCCGGCGAAGCUGGUGGAGCUGCCAUUGCUGAUGUGAUCUUUGGCCUUUACAAUCCAAGUGGAAGGCUGCCAAUGACAUGGUAUCCACAAUCAUAUGUAGAUAAGGUACCAAUGACCAACAUGAACAUGAGACCGGAUCCUGCAACAGGCUACCCAGGUAGGACUUACCGGUUUUACACUGGGGAAACUGUAUAUUCAUUUGGAGAUGGACUGAGCUAUUCCAAAGUAAACCACCACUUAGUUCGAGCACCAAAGCUGGUAUCAAUUACUUUGGAGGAAGGACAUGUUUGCCACUCAUCAAAAUGCAAGUCAGUUGACCUUGUUGAACAGAGUUGUCAAAACCUUGCUUUUGACAUCCAUUUGAGAGUUAAAAAUGUUGGAAAGCUAAGUGGAAGCCACACUGUAUUUUUGCUCUCUAGUCCUCCAUCUGUGCAUAAUUCACCUCAGAAGCACUUAUUGGGUUUUGAGAAGGUAUUUUUGGGGGCCCAAACAGAAGCAUUAGUUAGGUUCAAGGUUGAUGUUUGCAAGGAUUUGAGUGUGGUUGAUGAGUCUGGAAGCAGAAAAGUUGCUUUGGGCCCACAUGUUCUUCAUGUGGGAGAUUUGAAACACACAUUGAACGUGAGGAUUUGAAAACAAAGUCAUCAAAUUCUUAUGCCAAAAUCUUCUUUUCUUUUAAAAAACAAAAAAUUCUAGGUUAGCUUUUGAUAUCAAAUAAGUUGAGAGGGUUGUAUAAUUUUCUCAAUUAGUUGGUAUAGUCAAUUGUUCAAAUUAAUCAGAAAAAAAAGUUUGAAGUAAGUUUUGUUUGCCUUUUUCCUUUUA